AUGUGCCAAGAACAGCUUUUUCAGCGCGAAGGCAGGUCAAGGCGUCUUCAUGAACGCUUCCUGACAGACGCCGAAUGGGACAACCCGCGCAUUACUGGUCCUUGGCAGCCUGGUCAUAGUGAUCCGAACGUAGCUGCGAUACUCUUCGCGCAGAUGGGUGCGGAGGAUGAGACGGAGGAUGAGGUGCAAGAGAUGACAUCGCCGGACCCUUCCGUCGAGAGCGAUGAUGCAGUGGAUGCCAACAACGGUGUACAGCCACUCGUCAACUGGGGCACGUUCAUCAUGGCUCCGCUUCAUGUACCAGAAGAUCAUACUCAGAACACUGGUGACGCAGUGACGGAUGAUACGGGCUCCGACCACGACUCAAGCUCAGGGGAUCAUGACCACGGAGAACGAUUAAGUCAGCUGGAUCUGGGUCCACCGAUGAUGCCGACCAUCGAGCCCUUCGAGGCAGAGUCCAACAGCGGCAUCUCCGACAUCUCCUCCCUCGAUCUCGGCCCACCGUUGGUACCACUCCCAACCCUGACCUUCCAAGACUUGCUCGACAGGAUGAAUGACCUGCGGCAGAGCUUGGAGCACCAUGAGGCGGCGAGGCAGGAGGUCAUGAACCUGACCGACGAUGAGUCGUCCGGAGAUGACUCAUCAGAUGAUCUCUCAGCUACUGGAGACGACGAAGGGGGAGCCAGCGACGCUCUUGACGACAAUAGGAGCGGCACCUCAGACGAGGGCGACGAGGAAGACUCCGGCAUCGAGAGCACAGGGGAGACUUUUUGGGAACUGAUGGUCAGUGCCCACAUUUACCACAAUCCGACUCUUCAUGCAGCCUGGUCGGUCUGGGAGGAAGGGGUACGGAACCUCCGCUGUCCACACUGCGACGGUGACAUCUAUUCUGGAUGCGCAGAGUGGUGCGACAGGCCAUAUGAAGACUAUGAAGUCCUUGAGGGCCAGCUAUAA